AUGGUAAUUCCAACAGUGGAAAGAAGAACCGCGGAUGCUGAUGAACAGAUUCCAGUAGUUGAGGCUCUAAGUAGCGGUGCUCCAAUACAACAAGCGCAAGAUCUCGCAAAACGACGCAUCUCCCGUUACCAAUCGAUAAUUGAGGCAAAUAAGGAUCAUCCAACGGACCAGAGAUUUUACACGGAAGAACGCAUUACUUUAAGGGAUGGAGGAGAAGUUAUCUCGGCGGGCACCCCUGAAGGCCGCGUUUACUACCUUUCAAAUAGUGAUCAAUGGAUGUUUCUUGAGAGAAGCACGGAUGAACGCAUUCAAACGCUCUUGAUUUGUGAAAAUACCAGCAAUGGUCCAAAGUUCACACAGAAGUUCACGUCACGUUAG